AUGACUCCGAAACAGCUGCUUCAAGCUCCGAGACGUGGUGCUCCUGUGCCGAACCCGUCCGGAAAAGUCGCCCUGUUCUCUUACUCCCAAUACUCCUUCGAGGAGCAGUCCUCAACUCAUGCUUGGCAAUUGUUGGACCUCGAGAGUGGCGAGAUCACAGACUCUGGACUGAACGCUAGCGAGGUGAGCGAAGCUGUCUGGAUACCAGGGACGGAAACUGGGGUUCUCUACAUAAAUGGAACCAACGAGGACGUACCGGGCGGCGUCACGCUUUGGAUUGGCGACACCGCGAAGCCGUCGGAAAGAAAACUAGUAGCUUCGCUUGAGGCGCCAUUUUCGGGUCUUAAAGUCGCCAACACAUCGUCCGGAGACUUGCGCUUCCUAGUCAAUUCUCUGGCGUAUCCCAACGGAACAGCCUACAACGAGGAGCUCGCAGCGCCGGCACGAAACACUGCCCGUUUCUACAGCGAUAUUUACGUUCGCCACUGGGACACCUGGCUAACUAAGCAACGCUAUGCUGUGUUCGCUGGAACGUUGCUCAAAGCUUCAGGGUAUGGCCUGGAGAAUCACAAAGUGCGAAAUCUUCUGCAAGACAUCCCUUUCAACGUAACGCGACCGGAAAGCCCCGUCCAGCCAUUCGGUGGAAGCGGUGACUACGACAUCAGCCCUGAUGGCUCCACCUAUGCUCUCUUGAGCAAAGCGCCUCACCUGAACAAAGCCAACUUUACAGCCAGCUACAUCUAUGUCGGUGCUUUCGAUGGCUCCGCUGCCCCUGAGGCUCUCAACGGCCCAGGUUCCGAGGCUUCUGAAGCCGGUCAUAAAGGCGCUUCUGGUGCUCCUACAUUCUCUCCUGAUAGCUCAAAGCUUGCAUACUACCAGCAGGAUGGAGAAUAUUACGAGUCUGACAGGGUGAAGCUUUAUGUUGUGGACAUUGCCCAGGACGGGUACAGCACUGGUAAUGGCAGCGCGGUUUCCACAAGCAACUGGAAGGGUCUGGCUCCUGAUUGGGAUCGAUCAGCUGGCUCGAUUGCCUGGGCCCCUGACAGUGAAUCUUUCUUCACUACUGCAGAGGACUACGCGAGGACACGCGCAUUCCACAUCCCCUUGGACAGCGAUGCCGAUUUCAAGCCUAAGAACCUGACUUCCGUCACAUCCAUUUCUGGCCUUGCGGUACUUCCCGAUUCCUCGCUUCUCAUUGCAGCCAGCGCUGUCUGGACGUCAGCCGACUUUUACACUCUUUCCACGGAUGGUACUCAGAACGUUCUCUUUUCAGCAGUGAAGGUCGAUGAGGAUCUGGCCGGACUCGGACCCGACACGCUAGAAGAGUUCUUCUACGAUGGCUCUCUCCCGAACUUUGACCAACAGUUGCAUGCUCUCGUCGUCAAGCCGAGCAACUUCAGCGAGGGGGAGAAGUACCCGCUUGCAUACAUCGUUCACGGUGGUCCUCAGGGAGCGAAUGCCAACUCCUGGUCCACACGAUGGAACUUCCAGGUCUGGGCUGACCAGGGUUACGUCGUGGUGGCUCCCAACCCAACAGGUAGCACGGGUUUCGGUCAGGAAUUGACAGAUAGAAUUGCCGGGGAGUGGGGUAGCUAUCCUUACGAAGAUGUCGUCCUCGGCUGGGAGUAUGUUAGAGACAACCUCUCUUCCUUCAUCGACACUAAGAACGGUAUCGUCGCUGGUGCAAGCUACGGAGGAUACAUGACGAACUGGAUUCAAGGCCAUGACCUUGGACGUGAAUUCAAGGCCAUCGUCACGCACGAUGGUAUCUCAAACACCGAGGGCGCUUUUGCGUCUGAGGAGUUGUGGUUCAUACGACACGACUACAAUGGACCCAUCUGGGAUGAAAACAGUACAUACUCCAAGUGGAACCCUCAAGACCACAUGGCCAACUUCAGCACGCCUCAGUUCGUUAUUCACAACUCACUAGACUACCGUCUGCCUGAAAGCGACGGGCUCUCGCUUUUCAAUAUCCUGCAGACAAAGGGCAUACCGUCGCGCCUCCUCAACUUCCCUGAUGAGAACCAUUGGGUCCUUAAUCCUGAGAAUUCUAUCUUUUGGCACACCGAGAUCUUCAAUUGGAUCAACCACUGGUCCAAGGGUACCGAUCUCGACGACAACGCGAUCGGUCAGUAG